CCGAGGUUGGCGGCGGUCAAUGAGUUAUAAUUGCCUGAGGUUCUGUUAGUCAGCAAAGGUCAAACAAGUGGAGGCUAUCCAAACAUGCCGGCUUCCCAAGAAUGACAUAUUGAAAAUCAAUUGAUACGCAACAAAAUGUUUGCCCUCAGGAGAAAGGCGGUUCAAUCUGCCGACCGAGUUGGAAAAGUAACUACUCGAGUUUCGCGACGAUGGGCAUCUGCAGAGCAUGGAAAGGCUGGUCAUGAUUCCCACCAUUCCGCUGGAUCAAGUACAGAACAUGGGCAUCAUGGUCCAAAAAACGAGUCGUUCGGAGUGAGCUUGGAAUAUUCCAUUUGUAAAUUCUAUUACUAAUGAACAUAUAGAAUGGGUUCUUUGUUGUUCUCGCGGCUAUCCCCAUCUCGAUCGGAGUGUAUCAAUACGCCCAACCAUCUGCCGAUGGAACUCCCUCCGGCCUUACGAAGCUGAUUGACAGCUAUUCAUACUACACGGAGAAAUGGGCCGCGAGAAAUGCCCUACACGUUUCUAUGCUCGAACAGGCUGCUUUCGACCGCAACCUUUUUCAGAGUGAUACAGGCAGUGCGCAUGUCAAUCUAAGAUUCCCCGAGUUGGUCUUCACAUCCCCUUUACCUUCGCUCAAGGGCUAAUUCCCCUAUAGACAAUUUAAUACAGGAUCCCCUUGGAACGUACCAGCAGGUCAUAGAGCUAGAGACAUGGAACAGUUGGUAGCGCAUUAUGAGAAGUUCAACAAGGAAAACGAAGAUAAGAAGCGUUGAAGACCGAAUUACAAAAAUACCCGUACAUAUCGCUUUAAAGGGAGUCUCUCAUUGUAUAAAGUUUACCUAUAUUUAUGGUUGCCAAGUUGGUGAUCAAAUUCUGUGCAAUCAUGAGAUCAUAAUUACACCCGGCGGCCGAGUGGGACGUUAUGUUUUGAGCGCAGCCAUAUUACGUUGCAGAAGCUUACCGGAAUUCCUGAAGAAGGCGUAAGAGCCCGUGAACUAGAGCCA